UGCAUGUGAUUACUCCAUUCACGCCCCUUACCUGGAAUCAGCAAGUGACAGGUGAUUGUGGUUGCAGGUGCAGCACUCUUUCAGGUGGUGCAGAGGAAACAAGUUACAUCUUAGAAGACAGACGCCACCUGCACUCAUGGCUGGGACCGUUGGGAAAAUGAACAGAUGUCUAUUCUGGAUCUUAGGAGCUUCUGUCCUUGUCCUUGUUAUUACGAGAUUCUCAUACGUUUACUAUGCCAAACUGGAUGCUUACAUGUUCAUGGACAUAGUUGGGAAGCACAUAAAAGGCAAUAGAUCAGAAGAAACACUCGAUAAGGGUAAGGAUAUAGCACCUGUUGUAAGCACAUCAAAACCGCUGACUGGUAUGUGGACAGUGAACGCUAUUGGUCGUUUAGGUAACUUAAUGGGGGAAUAUGCAACGCUGUAUGCCCUUGCAAAGAUGAAUGGUCAUCAAGCUUAUAUCUUGCCAGGAAUGCACAGUCAGCUGUCGAAGAUCUUCAAAAUUAGAUUGCCUGUGCUUCAUCAGGAUGUCAUUAAUCGCAUCAAAUGGAGACGAUAUGGGCUACACGAUUGGAUGUCUGAUGAAUACCGAAACAUUCAGGGAGAAUAUAUUAGCUUGGGUGGUUAUCCUUGUUCAUACACUUUUUACCAUCACAUAAAAGAUGAGAUUCUUCAAGAAUUUACCUUCCAUGACUUUAUCAAAGAAGAGUCUAACGCCUAUCUUGCCAAAGUGAGAGGAGACCGGAAAAAUGUCACCUUUGUAGGUAUUCACGUUCGUAGAGGAGACUACGUGCAUGUCAUGCCAAACACAUGGAAAGGAGUAAUCGCCGACAAAGGAUACUUGCAGAAAGCCAUGGACUACUUCCGAAAUAAGUAUGAAAACCCACUAUUUGUAGUGACCAGUAAUGGCAUGGAUUGGUGCAAAGAGAAUAUAAAUAAUUCACUAGGAGAUGUUCACUUUGCUGGUGAUGGCCAAGAAGGCUCCCCGGGGCGUGACUUUGCCCUCUUGGCACAUUGUAACCACACCAUCAUGACCAUAGGGACAUUUGGUAUUUGGGUUGGAUACUUGGUGGGAGGUGAAACCAUCUACCUAACAAACUACACUUUGCCAGAUUCUCCUUUCCUUAGACUUUUUAAAUAUGAAGCUGCUUUUCUGCCAGAAUGGAUCGGAAUACCAGCUGAUCUCUCCCCACUUCUGAAUAAACAAAACCCUUGAUGAAUGCUUCAAGGGUCCCAUGAAUUUUAAUGAGGCCAAAGACCAUAUUAGUAAAGAACUUUCUUAAAAAAAGUCUUCACAAUUUAAUGUAAAAUAAUUGCCCACCAUGUAUUUAUUGCAAUGCCAUGUGAGUUGUUAAAAGAUAACUACAUAGUUUUGUAUUUUUUUCAUGACUUCUCUCAUCUUGAAGGACCCUUUAACUACCAACUGUUUUAUAGUAAAGAAAUGAAAACCAAAACAAAUUUGGUGUGCGGAAAUUUUAAGCACUAAAUGCCCUUUUAUCCUACAGAAAUUAUUAAAUGUAUACAUUUAAUCAAUAUGUUUAGUGGAACUUGGAUAGGUGUGGAAUAGGUCCAUGGUAUACUGUAAACUGGCAUCAUUCAUAAUCAAUAUCAUGUUGACCAGUAAACAAUACAGACAUAUACAUAAUUUUAGGAAGAUUACUGUUCCUAUUUAUUGCUUUGGUUACGUCAAAGACUUCGGAAGAAUUGCAGUGCAGAGAAUCAACAUGAUUAGCCCUACUAUACAUUAAAUAUAACUCACAAGGGCAACUCUGGCGCUAAUCGCUCUCCCUGUGAGCUACAUCCCUUGGGUGUCGUCGAAAACUUUUGCAAUUGUGAAAAACUCCUCCUGAGAAUCUGACACUGCGCAUGUGAGUAGUGUAAAAUUUGGGAGCCAGACCGAGGCUGCAGGAGAGGCAUCACAAGAUCCUUCUCCUACAGAUAUGCCUCCAAAGCCAUAAAGCAGUUGUUGCCAUCUGAAAAUGGCGUUAACCAAAGUUUUGUACAUAGGGGUCAGACUGCCGUCCCCUUUGACAUUAAGGGGGUCUAUGAUCUGAAGCGGUAGUUAGCCUGCCUCUAGCUGGAGAUUUCUGUGAAAUCUCCUUCAUUAGGCUGUUGUUACAAAGCCGGGAUACAUAUAAUUAUGCAGCAGAAACUGCAGUUCACCGACUUUUAUUGGCUAGUAAAUCUGUAAUUGUUUCUCUAUAGAAACGUUUAGUAUAAUGUUAUUAAUGCAGGGUCAACUAGUAUUCUGUUUGUGCAUAAUAGUCGGUGUGUGUGUGUGUGUGUGUGUGUGUAUAUAUAUAUAUAUAUAUAUAUAUAUAUAUAUAUAUUUCUGUUGUAAUGAAGGAAGUCACCGAGUGUAUGUCUCUUGUCAAUCGUUGACAGUUAGAGGGUUUAUUGUGCAAUAAAACUUACAGUUGUGGAAGCUCGCAGCCUGUAUCAUACAGCAACAGAAAUGUAGAGGCAACGGGUGCCCCUUGUUAUCUUCUACCAUAAUUUUCAUUAAUCUUGUAAACCCCAAUCUCACUCUUUAUGACUGGCUAGUUUGCACCCUAACAACAGAAAUCAGUUUUAUGUUUUCUAUGUUAACUUCACCUAGAACUUAAAAAAAAAAAAAAUUCUAAAUCUAAGAUCUAUAAUUUAUAACUU